CAUAAAUCCAUCCUACAUAUAUAUGUACGUACACGCCAGUCUCCUUCACUGAAUCUUCGAAGUAUGAGCUCAAACUCCAUGGAAGCAACACAAAAAACGCUCACGGAGUUCUAGAGAGAGAAACGUAUAUGUUCAGAGUAUAACAUUUGAGUUUUUUUUUAAUCUCAUUUUGCUUCGUAUAAUGAGUACUUGGUUGGGUUUCUCUCUCUCUCCUGACUUCAACAUUGGCGACGAUGAUGAAGAAGAAGUAAUAAAAGAUUAUCAAAGUCGCAACGAAAACCAAGCUACUGGAAAUGACGCUAACUUAGUAGAAGAAACUCCAUUGUCGGUUAUGCCUUCAACCUACCCUUUCCCACGCUGUGACACAACCACUGAAGAUUGUUGGAGGUAUGAGAAUCAUGAGAUGAAUAGUGCUACUAAUCCGAACGAAGAAGGUCCAAAGCUUGAAGAUUUCUUAGGAUGUUGUUACUCAAAUUCUCCUCCUGAUCAUGAACAACAAAUUGCUGAAAUCAACGUUAACAUUCCACCCACAGUAAAUCCCUCAGAUCACGAACAACAAUUUCAGGUAAUGGUGCCAAACGGUCAAUUUCAGAGCUUUAAUGAGUUUGCGAACUCUACUACAAGUGUCUAUCAUUUGCCAUUUGAUGGAGCUACUUCAGUUUCUGGAUUUAAAUCCUGGUUACGCCAAUCUGCUGCUGCUGCACCAUUAAUUUCAUCUGCUGAAGAAAAUAGUACUAACAAUUGCCAAACGCUGUCGCUUGCCGCCGCUCCGAAAAAGCGGCCGGUUGCUGUUAAAAAUGUUACCGGUUCAAGGGAACCGGUUCCGAGAAAAUCCAUUGAUACUUUUGGGCAGCGAACCUCUCAGUAUCGCGGUGUCACGAGACAUCGGUGGACUGGAAGAUACGAGGCUCAUUUGUGGGAUAACAGCUGCAGAAAAGAAGGGCAAACUAGGAAAGGGAGACAAGUCUAUCUAGGUGGUUAUGAUACAGAGGAAAAGGCAGCUAGAGCUUACGAUUUAGCUGCCUUAAAAUACUGGGGUCCCACCACGCAUAUUAAUUUUCCCUUAAACACAUAUGAAAAGGAGUUGGAGGAGAUGAAAAACAUGAAUAGGCAAGAAUUUGUUGCACACUUGAGAAGAAAAAGCAGUGGGUUUUCAAGAGGGGCAUCAAUGUACAGAGGAGUAACGAGGCAUCAUCAGCAUGGGAGGUGGCAAGCCAGAAUUGGAAGAGUUGCAGGCAACAAGGACUUGUACCUUGGUACCUUCAGUACUCAAGAGGAAGCAGCUGAAGCCUAUGAUAUUGCUGCAAUCAAGUUCAGGGGAACAAGCGCUGUAACCAAUUUUGAUAUCAGUAGGUACGACGUCAAGAGGAUUUGUUCAAGCUCGACUUUAAUUGCUAGCGAUCUAGCCAAACGCUCCCCAUCAAAAGAUUCUGGCGUUUGCCCGUCUUCCUUUGAAGACUAUAAUAAUUCAUGCACAUCUUCACCUCAACCCAUUUUGGCCAUAACAAACGGAGAACAAUUGCAGCAGCAGCAGCCUGCAGAUAAUUCAUUCAUGGAUAUGGCGCCGUUGAUGACUGCAGGAUCAAGCACCAGGAGCUCUUCUAAUGCCCCGAGUCCCAAAUGCUCUGGAUCCGGCUCUGGCUCUGGCUCUGCUGAACUGAGUUGUGAUUUCGGAGUUGGAUUAGAGUAUCCCCAGGCAUAUUAUUCGUCCAUAAAUGUUCAAGGCCACAAGUUUGAAGAUGAACGCAAGGGAAAUGAUGAAAAUCCUCAGAGCUCAGGCCGAAUUGGGAAUAUGGAACUAGUUAAUCCAGUUCCCAUGUUUGCAUUGUGGAAUCAAUGAAAACUGAAUACCGAGACCCUUAAUUUGGUGUUUUCAACUGGUGAUGAUUAGUGAAUGACGGUAUAUUUCUCUAGAGUUUAGUCUUAACUCUCAAGUCCUAACUCUUCCUUAACUGGCCCGAAGGAAAAUUAAAUUCUUGAUAGUAUCUAGUAUCUAAAAUGCCUUAGAUUAGAAUUUUAGAUGUUUCCACUGUUUUUGGAUGUUAAUUCGAUGGCAAUCAUGAAAACAACAGAUGAAUGCA